AAUAAUGCUGCGGACGCAUAUUGAAAAUUGUUAUCAAUAAUAACAAUUUAAAAAAUCUUGCAUUAAAUUUCAUUUACGGGAUAACGGUGGGUACCCCAAAAAUACGAAUAGGAGAGAGGAAAAAAUCUGCUUGACUGCAUCUUCAAAGUAGCGAGAAAUUUUGCCCCCGCAUUGAAGCGCGAGGAGGGUUUGCGCGUCGCGAGGAACUGAGGAUUGCUUCUUUGUGUUCUCUUUCUAUCUCUCCCCUCUUUUUCCUUCUUCUUUCCCUUCCUUUUUCUUUUUCUUUUUUUUAAUAAUACGAAGGACCCCAUUUCUUCCCAUCGAUCCUUCACAUAGAAAAGAAAGGUUCUUUUCAUUUUUUCCAAUUUUGUCCUUCACUCUUUCCCUUUUCCCACUCCUAUCCUUUUCCUUAUCCCCAUACCUUUGAUUUCCCUUCUGCAGCUGCCACUUUGAAGUCGUCUCUUGAGUCUUGUUGCUAAUCCUUGAUUUUCCAUUUUUCAAUUUUAAUUUUCUUUCUAGUGUUUGAUCCUCAAACCUUUUUCUUUCUUAGUUGUAAAGUUGUAAUUUAGUUCUAGGGUUCGGCCUGGCCGUCGAUCAAAUUUUGUUGAAUGGAGCCUCGAGUAGGGAACAAGUUUCGUCUUGGCCGGAAGAUUGGUAGCGGAUCGUUUGGAGAGAUCUAUCUCGGUACUAAUAUUCAGACUAAUGAAGAGGUUGCAAUUAAGCUCGAAAAUGUCAAGACCAAACACCCUCAGCUGUUGUAUGAAUCGAAGCUGUAUAAAAUACUGCAAGGAGGAACUGGAAUCCCAAAUGUGAGAUGGUUUGGUGUUGAAGGAGACUACAAUGUGCUUGUCAUGGAUUUGCUAGGGCCCAGUCUUGAGGAUUUAUUCAAUUUUUGUGGCCGAAAAUUGUCACUUAAAACUGUUCUUAUGCUUGCUGAUCAGAUGAUAAAUCGAGUUGAAUUUGUUCAUUCAAAAUCAUUUUUACAUCGGGACAUAAAGCCAGACAACUUCCUCAUGGGUUUAGGAAGGCGUGCGAACCAAGUAUACAUCAUUGACUUUGGUCUUGCAAAGAAAUACAGGGACACUUCUACCCACCAGCAUAUUCCUUACAGAGAGAAUAAGAAUUUGACAGGAACUGCUAGAUAUGCUAGUAUGAAUACUCAUCUUGGAAUUGAACAAAGUCGCAGGGAUGACUUAGAGUCACUUGGAUAUGUUCUUAUGUACUUUUUAAGGGGAAGUCUUCCUUGGCAGGGACUGAAAGCAGGUAAUAAGAAGCAGAAGUAUGAGAAGAUCAGUGAGAAGAAAGUUUCUACUUCUAUUGAGUCUCUCUGUCGUGGAUAUCCCUCAGAAUUUGCAUCAUACUUCCAUUACUGUCGGUCUCUGCGUUUUGAUGAUAAGCCAGAUUAUGCUUAUCUGAAGAGACUUUUCCGUGACCUGUUUAUUCGUGAAGGAUUUCAGUUUGACUAUGUCUUUGAUUGGACCAUCUUGAAAUAUCAGCAAUCCCAUAUUUCUACUCCUCCUGGACGUGCUAUUGUUCCUGGUGCUGGACCAAGUACUGGCAUGCCACCAGCUGUUGCAAAUGCUGAUAAACAUUCAGGUGGGGAAGACGGCAGACACACUGGUUGGUCUUCAGCAGAUCCUACUCGUAGGAGACAUUCAGGACCUAUUGCGAAUGAUGUCAUCUUAUCUAGGCAAAAGGCUGCAGUUCCAAGUGACUCGAAUGUAUCAAAAGAUGGAAUGCUGUCUGGUUCUAAUUUUUUCCGUCCAAGUGGAUCUUCAAGGCGAGCUGCUGUUUCUAGCGGCCGGGAUGGAGCUACUGUUGGCAGUGAGCAAGAGCCUCCUCGGGCUCUUGCUGUUGAUGCAAGUCCAGGAGCACUACGUAAAAUCUCUGGUGCUCAAAGAAGUUCGCCUCUUGUAUCAGUGGAGCAGAGCAGAACGUCAUCUGGCAGGAGCCCGGCAAACAUCAAGAAUUUUGAGUCCACUCUGAAAGGCAUUGAGAGCCUUCAUUUCAAUGACGAAAGGGUACAAUACUAGCGGCUGCCUCCUUGUGAUCUCUGGUCUCUGUAAAUUCUGAUGAGUUUCAUACUUUCAAAUGAGGUGUUGUCUAUGCUUUGUUGUGGAGGAAAGCUGCAACAAGUGUGAGUGGUCACUAUAUGAAGAACAAAAUAAAGAAACACUUUUGUGGCUUCCUGAAUCCAAGAUUAUACUCAUAUUUUGGCCUAGUAAAAAGGCUUGUGUUCAUACC